UAUGCUUGUUGACUACCCUUAGUAGGUGAUUCUGGCCAUGUCCUUGAAUCUCCUAUUUAGACAGUACAGCAGUCUCUGAUAGUACCAAGCCAUUCCAUACUGUAGUAGGCUCAGGGUUAAUGCUGGCUAACAUCACAUUGCUCAAUAAUACCUAACUAACCUUGCUUCUCUCAUCAAUGCUUUUCACAGAGCCCGCACGCUUCCUCAAGAAGUUUGAGGAGACUUUUUUCGUGGUCGGAGAACCUCUUAAACUAGUGUGCAAGUACGCUGGAAGCCAGAGGGUCCAAGUCACCUGGAAGAAAGAUGACAAGUUGAUCUGGGCUUCAUACCAGUAUACUGUCCUAACUACUGACUGCACCUGCUCUCUGGAGGUCCUUUACAGCGACCGCCCAGCAGCUAUAGGGAAAUACUCAUGUGAAAUAUCGAAUGAAGCUGGAAGUGAUGUCUGUCACGCUCAUGUCAGUUUAGAAAACAUGCGCUUCAUCAAGAAGUUGGAGGACACUUGCUUUUUACUGGGCAAACCGCUGAAGCUAGUGUGCAAGUACACUGGAAGCAACAGGGUCCAAGUCACCUGGAAGAAAGACGACAAGUUGAUCUGGGCGUCAUACCAGUAUAAUGUCCUAACUACUGACUCCACCUCCUCUCUGGAGGUACUCUACAGUGACCGCCCAGCAGCUGCAGGGAAAUACUCGUGGUGAAAUAUCGGAAUGGCGUUGGAAGUGAUGUCUGUCACGCUCA